AUGUCACACACCCCUUCCCCUCCCAGCGCCGAAGAGCGCAACCUGUAUUACUUUGGACUUCCUUCUUGCCCAAAGCUUGUUGCGCGUUCAAGCAUGAAUGUCUGGCAAAACCCACAGAGGCUUGGCCCUACUACGUUCACGGGAACUUAUAAUAUGUAUCCGAAAUCGUUUCAACCUGUGGGAAAACACCCAUUACUACAUCGGCUGUGGAAUGAUGCGACAUCUUCUCUCAGAGUUCAGAUUGUGGAAGCUGUCAGCGUAGCAGAUUGGACCGCAGUUGACACUCUACGCGUUGGCCUCAAUAAGGAAUAUAAUAUUACGCUUAUCAUAGCAGUUGCACCAGAAACCUUAUCGUGGACCCGUGGACACUCAAUUGCCCUGCGUUGCAAGUCUAUUCUGGAGGAACAUGGCAUUAAUGACGUGCACUGCGAGAUACAGGAAUCUCUUGUCACGUCCUGCGCUGAUUCAACCUCGAAGCCGUCCAGCACUUUCAAGUUAUCUUCGGCGCUGAUUGAAGAGAAUGAUUUCUAUGCGCCCAUGUUUGUGGAUUUGUCCGACUGCCUUGGCACCAAGAUUGCCAUGAAACACAUGCCCUCGAGGUUUGGCACCAAGCACGUUGUGAUCAACUCAGAAAUAGAGGGCAUUCAUGAAUAUCGUCGCCCAGGGUCGGGUGCCCUCAAGGAAUUUAUACAAAUUCAUCAGCCUGCAUAUGAGCUCAUGCUUAAAACUGCUGUAGAAGACGUCGGCCGACACGACAAGUCUGCUGCGAAUUACAAGCAAAUGGGUCAAAGUGAGUCGGCCGCGACUUGGACUGCUUUGUCCAACACCGCCAAGGCUCUCAAGAAAAGUCUAAUCCCGUUUGAGAAUUCUUCCUCGAGGGUUUUUGGCCAAAUUCUCUAUUCGCCCCAGUACGAUGCUACAUCUGACCAGGGCACCAACUGGCUGAGAGACUGGGCGUUAAUCGAACUACUUCCUCGCAACCACGAAAUCCCCCUUCGUUCGAUUAAGAACAAAGUCUUCAUUGGAGACGAAAGAAGAUUCCUCUCUCUUAUUGAAAGAGGCAGAGAGGGAUUAGAUGGGUUUGAUAUACCAAUACGUCCACCAGUGAAAGACGGCUUCGUGGAGCUACAGACAACCAUUGUCCCUAUGGCAGAACUUCGCAACCCCAAGGAAACUACCACAUAUAAUGAUGAACCAGCCACCAUCAUAGCAAAGUAUGGGGCAAAUGGGAAUUUUACCCUCGGUCUUGGAAGUACUUUGGCAUCACUUACCCGCACCACCGAAACUCCAAGUGGAGAUAGGCACACCAUGAGCGAAGAGUGGCCUAUAGUUUCCAUUCUUAUGCCUGAAUUUCCCGAAAAAAAGUUCUCCUUGCCAGGUGAUUCCGGCUCUUGCAUCUGGGACAUGCAGAGACGUCCAGCAGGGAUGAUGACGGCGGGCAAUGGCAUGAACAAUCAGUACGAUAUCACAUAUGCUCAACCUUUAGAGCGUAUCAUCGCGGAUAUUAGAUCCCGUGGCUUUGAUGUUUCGCUUGUUCGAAACGACUAUUCAGACUGUCUGCUUCCUCAUCUCUCAGCUUAG